GGGGAAACAGACGCCUCUCACGGUCAGAUGGUCUUGUUGCUACCGCAACAGACGGUGAUGAUGAAUGAAUGGAAAACUGGGAGCGGAUGAAGACGCCACAUACUCAGAUAUGAGCGUGCUUUCCUUUGUGUGGUCAGGUAUGAGUUAGCAAAGAGCAGCAUUAUGAACAUGGGGCCCAAUAGCUCAACACAAUAGGUCUAAACAUACCCAUAACAUGAACAUAAGCAGCGCGGAACCAAACAAAGGUAUCAGAUCCGUGGAGAAAACUUCCCGAAUAACCGCAGCCAAUCAACGUCUGCCAAACGUCAACGCAAGGUCACCCGAACAAUUUUCGGGUUAUCAUUCACUCAAUGUUACCGUGUGAUGCCAACACACAGAAAUGACCACUGAUCAGGAUCUGACUAUGGAUGGCCAGCCAGCCACAGCCGUGUUUGCUGCAAAGGGCAUUGAUGUAACAACUAGUAAAGACCAAGGAGUUAUCAAGGUCGUGAAGCGUCAGGGGCUCGAUGGAGAGAGACCGAUGAUUGGGGAUAGGGUGACCGUCCACUACACUGGGAAGCUGCUCACCGGAAACAAGUUUGACUGCAGUCGAGAUCGCAAAGAAGCUUUUUGCUUCAAUGUGGGCAAAGGACAAGUCCUCAAGGCCUGGGAUAUCGGUGUGUUGUCUAUGCAGAUGGGCGAGGUGUGCACGUUACUGUGUAAACCAGAGUACGCUUAUGGAUCUGCUGGAAAUCCUGAAAAAAUUCCUCCCAACUCGUUAGUUGUGUUUGAAAUGGAGCUACUCAAGUUUGAAGGAGAGAUGCUCACAGACGAUUCCGGCAUCAUGAGAAGAAUAAAGGUCAAAGGUGACGGUUACACUAAUCCCAACGAUGGCUCAAGUGUUGAAGUACAUCUGGAAGGAAGGUGUGGCGGUCGGCUGUUUGACUGCAGGGACGUCAGUUUUAUUGUUGGUGAGGCUGAGGAUAAAGGCGUUCCUCUUGGAGUGGACCGAGCCAUGGACAAAAUGCAGAAAGGAGAGUGCUGUAUACUUUACUUAAAACCAAAGUAUGGCUUUGGAAGCAAAGGUAAACCUGAGUACAAAAUUGGACCAGACAGAGACAUAAUAUAUGAAGUUACCCUAAAAAAUUUUCAAAGGGCUAAAGAAACCUGGGAAAUGGACUUGACUGAAAAGAUAGACUUGGCUGCUGGAGUUAAGCAUAAAGGGAAUCAGUAUUUUAAGGUAGGUCUGUACCACCAGGCAGUCAUCCAGUACCAGCGUAUCGUUUCCUGGCUAGAGAUGGAGUGUGGUUCGGGGAUAGAGCAGCCGAAGAGGAUACAGUCUUUUAUGUUGACAGCACACCUCAAUUUAGCGUUGUGUUUCCUGCGGAUAAAAGAGUUCUCACAAGUUGUGGACAACUGCAACAAGGCAAUUGAGCUUGAUGAGAAAAACGAGAAGGCUUUGUAUCGUCGUGGGGAAGCCCGUCUCCUCCGUAACGAGUUCACCAUGGCCAUGGAAGACUUUCAACUCGUGCUGCGAGUCAACCCUUCAAAUCGAGCGGCACUUGCUCAGAUUUACAUCUGCCAGAGCAAGAUUAAGGAACAUCAUGAACAUGACAAGAAGAUCUACGCCAACAUGUUCCAGAAAUUUGCAGAACGGGACACCAAGUUUGGAAAGACGAAGAGGAGGCAUGAUGAGAGCAUGAGGAGCGGCAUUAAUGGUGAAGUGGGCAACAAAAAAAGCCGGAGGAGUCAGGACUGUCCAUCGUAAAAGUGACAUUUAUAGGGGGGGACAAAAAAAAGACAUGCUUUCCAAGUCCAGGGAGCAGCAACAAAGUUGUAUAAAAGCCUCUUAUCCAAACCUCUUCAUCCCAAAAUCCAACAGCACCAUUCCUGCAUAUAAAGCAGAGUGUAAACAGGGAUGUUUGCUAGCCAAACAGCUUUUCCCUUGUGACAUGGCCUGUGCAACUGCCAGGACAUACCUCCCAAUAUAAUUAACACUGCAGAAUCAGUGAAUUAAGAUUGGUGAACACUUCUAGCCCCCAUCUUUUAUUUCUUAAAAAAAACCCAGAGAAAUUCCAUUUAAUUAGUCAUACAGUGUAGAGUUCAGAUGUGCCUCCACAGUGUGUUUCAUAUUCCCAAACUGUAUGUGCUGGAUUUCAGACCUUGUAUUUGGUGUUAAGCCUUUUCUUGGCAGCUGUAUGCAUGCAUCACGAGCUGUUCGGGAUUCAGACCUGACAAGUUGCUAUUUUUUAAUUUUGCAAUACAGUACGUACUUUGGAUAAAAGGCAUAUCAAGUCCCAAAAGCUCAGUGGUAUUUUAAACAUUUUCCUCCAAAAGUAAGAUCAACUGAAAACCCAUAACUUUGUUCAUAACAAUAUAAUAAUGCCUGCAUUCAUGUAAAGUAAUAUUGGGAAAACUGAAAAUACAGAAAUACAGGACUUAAAUAGAAAUUCUCCUCCAAACAUGAAUGUCCAAUAUUGCUUUUAUCACCAGUAGAAACCUCAAGUUUCCGACCAGCAGAAGCAGAGCAUAGAAUCUGAAAAAAGCACAAACUACAGAUCCUAAAUUAUACCAAAACAUAAAUCUUUUAUUCUGGCAUUCUAGCAAAAAAUCACAAUCCACUGCACUUGGUUAUUGCUAGUAACAGCUGAAUUUAUAGUAUUUUGUGACAUUAAGCUGCUACCUAUACAGGCAAAUUAGUAUAUAUUUUUUUAAAACCGAACCUGAAUGGUGGUGCAGAGAUUAUUUCCAGAAAUAUAAUUCAAAUUAAGCCCCUUGUUUUGGGCAUAGAUGAAGCAUUGUUUUACAAUGGAUUGUGCACUAAAAUAAUUUAUUCAUGAGUACAUGCGUAAUUGUUAAUUUUUUAUUUGUUGAAAGCUUGUUUUUUAUCCAUUAAACACAUCACGCAGAAUAAGUAAGUAUGUUUUUUACCAGUCUGGUAUUGUAGUAGAACAAUGAUUACUAUGGGAGUGAUAACAGAUGACAACAUCAUUGUGAUGGACUGACUAAGGUGGCAGCUGCAAAAAGUUUAAUGAAAUAAAAAUAAAAUAUAAAAGAUGAAAUAUAUAAAAUGAAAUGUUACUCCUCCUGAGCUUUGGCAGAUUUUAGUGAUUGAUAAAUUUCUUCUUCUGUUGCACUCAAUGUAUGUUUAUCUAUCAGCUAAAUGCAUAAACAAGCAUGGCACAAUCCUCAACACACAUACACUCUUAAAUUAACAGAUGACAUAAAUCCUCAUAAUUAUGACGAUAGCCUCUUACAGAAGGAUGCAUUUGAUCAUACUAUCACCCAUAUUAUUAGAACCGAUGCACCCUGUGAGUGCAAGCGGGAGAGGGACACAGAAACCACAAUUAAACUUUAGAACCAUCAGAACCACAGUCUAAUCUUUCAGAAAUUUCAAGUCUGAUAAUAUGAUCAACGACAACAUUUUACAUCUGUGUAGGUGUUUUUGCCUGAGUUCCGGAACUGGUGUCUCUUUAUUUCACUGCAUCUAUUUCAUUUUUUAAUUUUUAAUUUGAAAUGUGUGAAUGUUAGAUAGUGGACAGUGUUGCAUAUUGGUGACUGGCAAACCAACACUGUUAGCUUUUCAUGAAAUGUCUCGAUACGGUCUUGACAAUAAUCUUAAGAUGUUUUAUAAACAUUGGUUGGUUCAGAAUGAAAACCUUAGCUGUCUUAAAUAUUUUGUGUAAAAAUCCACAGUGUGUUUGUGUGUUAAUAUAUAUUGUUGUAUGUUAGCAAGGUUUUCAAACAGCCUAUUGCUUAAUGUCUUUAAGUACUGCAGGCUCUAAACAUUCAAACAUUUUGUACAGUGCAAAUGAGCAUGAAGUACUUUUUUUCUAGCAAUUAUAAAUUGCAUUUAAGCAUAUACAGAAUAUCUAUCCCUCUUUGUCAACAACAACAAUAUUUUCCAGCCUCUCCUACAUUCAUUUUUGAUAACUUGACAGGAAUAAAUUGUAAACAAAUGGACAUACACAAGCAUGAUCAAAUGCAGCUGGUCAAACUACAGCACUGCCAAUGUGAGAUUGAAUUAGAACUGUCGUACAAAAUGUUUACAUAUUCAAUUUGAUCAAUGUAUCAAACCAGGAUUUAUGCAAAAGAAAUA